UUUUGCUCCGCAAAUUAACCAGCAAAAGUUAACAUUUUUGUGAUUUUAAAGUCGGGUUUCGACGCUGAACGUCGGUGUCCAAGCGUGAACGGUUGAAAGGGCAACCGGAAGUGCCGGAAGAAACCCGCAUUUGGCCACAUAUGGACCGUAAUUUGCGACCCUAGGAAAACCUACGAUUUUUUUCCACUUUUGACGUUUCACCCCCUCUUUCGUCAUCUGGUGCAUCCUCCAAUCCGUGCAAAAGGACGACGACACCAGACUGCGUGGGAGUCCGACGAUGACGUCCUGAGGGAACGCGUUCUGUCUUUGUUCGGUCCGUGAAAAAAAGCCCAUCUUGCAGCAUCAUUUAUCAAAUCGGAGCAUAAGCCCGAGGUCAUAAUGUCGGUGGGAAUCGAGAUAAGCGAGUGCGACGCACUACCACAGGAGAAAUCGCAGGAGGAAACCCGUGACGAGGACAAUCUGGACGAGAUGGGCCCCAGCCAUCACGCUCUGUUCGUUGAUAAUGGCCAGCUGUUGCGCAAGGCGAUGGGUUCGGACGAUGAGUUUGAUUUCGACUCGGCGUUCAGCUCGGAGUCCAACAACAUGUUUACCGAUGACUACAUGGACGGCAACGGCCAAGAGGAUGGAACGGUGGCUUGCGGAGGAGAAACUGGAGAAACGGAGCGGUUUAGAUCACUGGAAGAUGAACACGAGGCACUGUCGUCGAAUUUGAUCGCCCUUACGUCACACUUUGCCCAGGUUCAGCUGAGACUGAGACAGAUCGUCGAAGCUCCCGUGGAGGAACGUGACCACCUGCUGAAGAGUUUGGAGGAGUUUGCGUUUCUUGGAAUUCCAGAACUCCAAGAGCAUUCGGUUAAGAAAAACAUUCCGGAAAUUGUAGGCGAACUGGACCGUAGCCCGGAAUCGAUGGAGAACCUUCGCGAACGGCAACAUGCUCUGAUUGAGCAAUUAAAGAACCAGCUGACGGAUUUGGAACGCUACGCGUACGAGUCCGGAUCCGGCAUUCUUCCACACACAGUUCUUCUCGAGCGGCAAAAAGUGGUCAUCGAUGAGAUCAAGAACAAAAUCAAUCUAAAUCUGCACGAGCUCGAUUUGCCUCAGCUUACGACGGAAGACUUGCGCAUCCAGGUCGAUUCAGCACUGGAUGAAAAGCUGGUGAAUCCACUCAAGAUGAAGGAAAAGCUGGUUUCGCAGUUGAAGACGCAAAUACAAGAUCUCGAACGAUUCAUAAGCUUCUUGCAGACUAACGAGAAGGAAGAGAUCAAGAAGCGAUUCCUGCAGCAGCAAGAACUGGCAAGAGCAGAAGCGGAAGGUCGAGCUGAAGCUCAAGAAAGAGCCAAACUGCGUUCGGUAACGGCUCAGCAGAACCAGUCGGAAAGUGGGACCGGUAGUAGAUCCACUGACGACCGUCAAACUACUAGGAGGGAAUCUUUAAACAGCAAAGCAUUCGGAUUGAUGGAUAAGGCCGGCACAAUCUUGCAGAUGUUCGCUUUGUCCCAGUUCAACUGUGGCAGCGAGCGAAACCGCGAGACCUUCCAGCGGAACAUGAUGAAGCGCUCGAAGGAGAACUGCUGGGGUGACGUUCGAGCCAAGCUGGAGAUUGACGUGCAGGAAGUGGUUUCGCUAGCGAUGGACAUGCAGAAAGAUCUGCAACUGUCGGAAACGGCAAGCGAGUGCGGCGGGGAAACACGAGGAAACAAGAAAAACUACGAGCUAACAAUGAUCGUGCGGAAGCAUCUGGCGAAAACGAUUCAAGGUCUCAUGCAGCACGGCCUCCGAGGCAUCUCGGAAAGCAGCGGAAGUCUAGUGCCAUUCAUCUCGGGGUGUUUCUCCGGUGGAAACUAUCAGCAUGCUCCACGGGCCAGCGAGGAGCGUUUUUACGGCGGCGGAAGCAGUCAUGAGAUGCGACGGAAGAGCACGGGAGGACUGGCGAAGGCGGCCACUACGACGGCCCCGAAGCGGCAGUCCAGCUCGGUCGAUGACGGUGACGAGGAACCGCCGGAGAUGAACCUGUUCAGCCAGCUGGGGGAGGACGACGAGGAGGAUGAGGAGGGGGGAGAGUUGAGCUACGGCGGUGGGGAGGAUGCGGAAAUGCACGCGUGGGAGUUGCUGCUGAUCUACUACAACAUCAAGAACGGGGACCGGUACAACUCGACGCCGGCGCGGAAGCUUUCCGAGAGCUUCAACCUGGACCUGGUCGAGGGCAGGCCGCAGUCGAAUAAGCAGAGCUUGCUGAGUACGAUCGGAACGAUCGUGGCUUUGCACAGUCCGUACAAGCGAAGCUACAACUCCCAGUUCAAGGCGUUCAUCUGUGCUGCGUUGAACGCCCAAAAGCUCACCCAGUGGCUGCAUCUGCUCUACCAGUGCAAGGAGCUGGUGGGUUCGUACUACGCCAGCUGGAGCUACGUGGCCAACACGGGCUUUCGCGAUGCGCUCAAGUCGCUGGACCGGUUGACGCAGUACCGCUUCGACCUGCCGGUGGAUCUUUCGAUCCGGCAGUUUAAAAAUAUCAAGGACGUCUUUAUGUAGAGAGUAGCAGCAACAAUCCACAAUGAACCAGAGAGAAAUAGUUUAAAAUUUUAUUGAUCUCCUUUAUCCCCUCCUCCAGUUAGCAGUGUCCCUCCCAAUAAAAACAUUCCGUUCUAGCAGAAGAAUGCCUAACGUCUCUAGUCAAGUGCGCGCCUCUUUAUACACUCAUCCCUCAUAUUCGGAACAGUUUACAGAUCGGCCAAUGUUCAAAAAAUCAUAGAAAAUCGAUAAUUGAACUUAAUGGCUCACUUUUACCUUCAUUUUAAAGUUUUUCUUGCGAUCUUUCGAAUGCUGUAUAAAACAACUUAAAAUUUUAACUUUUAUAUCAAGUUUUUUGAGAAACACUUUGACCCCUGAAAUCCACAAAUUUGGAACACUUUUUUUCUUACGGAUGUAAACAAACUUUGGUUCUCUUUAGGAGUACAUAACUUUUACAAAAUAAUGACUUCACACACUGCAACCAAUAAAACUCAUGCUUAGUAAUGUUUUAUGAAUGAUCUAAUAACUUUUUUUGUGAAAACAUCAGUUAAACUCAGGUGUUCCACAUUUGUGGGAGGCACAAUAACAUCCCACAAUCAUGGAACAGGCAAUUUGGAGGCAGUGUUUUGCUGCUCUGUAUAAAAUUGUCUUGAAAUUAAGUUUUUUGUUCAAAAUGUACUACUUUCACUAGUGAAAUAGCAAGAGAAUGUCCAAAUGAAGGUCCUAAAAAUAGCGGGGUCGACAGAAGAGUUGCAUUUUGCAUCCUAUUGACAAAUUACCACAAAAGUGUUCCGAAUUUGUGGGUGUUCCGAAUAUGUGGGAUGACUGUACAAGCUAUACACAUUAAAAAAUAUAAAUAAACGUUGUUAAAACCUUGCCUCUCGCACGAACCUUAACCGAAGUAUUGCACCACCUAAAAUAGUCUACAUUCCAGAAAUAAAAGUGGUUUUCUUUCACAAACACUAGGUAAACCAAUAUAUGCUGUUAUCAGAAGACUAGAUAAGCGUAGUUAUU